AUGUCUCUGCGCCCGGGUACACGCACUGAGGUGCGCAAGAAAUCGUACAAGACUGGAGUGGAUGCGGACCAGGCUCGGAGGAGAAGGGAGGACAACUUGGUGGAGAUCAGGAAGAACAAGCGCGAGGAUAAUUUGCUCAAGAAGAGAAGGGAAGGCUUGCCUCCGUCCCAGCAGCAACUGCUUGAUGGCACCCAAACCGCCGUCGUUUUCGAGCGUACUUCUAUUCCCUCAAUGGUGCAAGGAGUAUGGUCUGAUGAUCCUGCUUUGCAAUUGGAGGCUACCACUCAGUUUAGGAAGCUAUUAUCAAUUGAACGCAGCCCUCCAAUUGACGAGGUUAUAAAAGCAGGUGCGGUCCCUCGGUUUGUGGAGUUUCUUGGGAGACAUGAUAUGCCCCAAUUGCAAUUUGAAGCUGCAUGGGCUUUGACCAAUGUUGCAUCUGGAACAUCAGAUCAUACACGAGUUGUUAUUGAACAUGGUGCGGUCCCCAUGUUUGUGCAGCUUCUUAGCUCUGGCAGUGAUGAUGUCAGAGAGCAGGCAGUGUGGGCUCUAGGAAAUGUUGCUGGCGACUCUCCUAGUUGCAGGGAUCUUGUUCUUGGACAAGGUGCACUAAUGCCAUUGCUAGCUCAAUUAAAUGAACAUUCCAAGUUAUCCAUGCUAAGGAAUGCUACAUGGACUUUAUCAAACUUUUGUCGUGGCAAGCCAGCAACACCAUUUGAUCAGGUGAAGCCUGCCUUACCAGUUCUUCGACAACUUAUUUACUUAAAUGAUGAAGAAGUCUUGACAGACGCUUGCUGGGCCCUAUCAUAUCUCUCAGAUGGUCCAAAUGACAAAAUUCAGGCUGUGAUUGAAGCGGGCGUCUGCCAGCGACUUAUGGAGCUUCUGAUUCAUCCAUCACCUACGGUUCUUAUACCUGCUCUUCGGACAGUGGGAAACAUUGUUACUGGUGAUGAUUCCCAGACUCAGUUUGUUAUUGAUAACCAAGUGCUCCCUCGCCUCCAUCAACUUCUCACACAAAAUCACAAAAAGAGCAUCAAGAAAGAUGCUUGUUGGACAAUUUCAAAUAUCACAGCCGGGAAUAAAAUUCAAAUACAGGCUGUGAUUGAAGCUGAUAUAAUCCUCCCGCUUGUGCAACUUCUCCAACAUGCAGAAUUUGACAUAAAAAAGGAGGCUGCGUGGGCCAUCUCAAAUGCCACUUCUGGAGGAUCUCAUGACCAGAUUCAGUAUGCUCUACCUUUACCACUGGAUUAG